GGCAACCUAGCUCGCUUGCUGACCUCGGGAAACUGCAAGAGUGCAGCAUUGAUGCACAGCGCUGGUCUUCACUCAACGGUUGCAGCACUGGAUCCAGUUUAGGUGAUUUCACCAGCCAGCAGCCUAGUAUUGCAGUGCCGCAGUCCCGACGCGAGCGCGGUCCCGACGCGAAGGGCUACGCAGCAUACCAUGUCAGCCCUCGACAACAAUGCAAACGACAGCGACAGCAGCGACGGCGUCCCCGAAAUCGGCCUCGACGCGCUCCGGCCCGAGGCGCUGGCCGCGCUGCUGAGCGUCAAGCAGGCGCGGGAGACCGCAUCAAUGGAUACGACGGCGCUGCCCGACGAUUUUGGGAUGAGCCAGUUCUGGUACACGGACGCGUGCGCGGAUGCAUUAGCGGCGGCGGUGCGCGACCGCGGCCGCGUCGCCGUCGUGAGCUGUCCGACGGCGCACCGCGCGCUCUGCCGCGCGGGUGAUGGGGAGAGCGUCCUCUUCGAGUUCGACGCCCGCUGCGGUGUUAAUUUAGGCGACCGCUUCUGCCGGUAUGAUUUUACCGAGGACUUCCAUACAAAAAUUCCGAGUCACUUCGAAGGGUCUUUUGACGUCGUCGUUCUGGACCCGCCCUACGUGUCGCGGGACUGCUUGGAGGCGUUUUGGAGUUUUGCCGCGUGGUUAAGUAGAGGCGCCGCGGCCAAGGUCGUCCUGACCUCGGUCGUGAACCGGCCCUGGCUGCGCGCGGACUGGGGCCUCGCGCUGACGGAUUUUGAAUUGCGCUUCACGUCGAAGCUGUGCACGCCGCUCCGGGCGUUCACGGACUGUGAGGAGGUCGCGAAACGUUUGGGAGGAUUUGCGCCGCCGGAGGACUAGUUUAACAACAAUUACCCAC